GGGACUUUCAACCAGAAUUGUUUCAUUCUUGAUAUUUUCUUGCCGUCCACGCAAGCGCUAUUUGAACUUUGGGGGCGUGGUCAAACCCCAAUAUUCCGCCGGCAUGCUUCAAUCCAAGCUUAGACCUUUCGUCUGCUGGCAAUGUGUCGCUCGUAGCGCCUCCAACAGCCUCUCCCCCGCUGGCAAUUCUUUGUGCCGGCCUGCCGUUAGCAAAACUCUUUCCUCUUGGAGGAACUUUUCGACCAGCUCCUCGUACAAACGCAACUUACUAUCCUCUCUUUUCGACCAAAUCGACGAUGCCAAAUCAAAAUCGAAAAGCGACGAUGCUCAUAGUCUCGUUGAUUCGCUGCCCGAGGGUGAAAUACCCGACCGGCUCCCCGCGCGCGAACGGUUACGUGCUUGGGACGCAGCCAAUCCUCAAGGUAAAAUCAUGGCAAUUCACGACAUCCUCACGCCAUCAAACCAACAAGACACUCUGAACAGCUUAUCUUCGGCCCAGUCUAGCGAGUCCAACACGAUGGACCCAGACGCGGAAGAAGAUGCCGAUCAGGAUCAAAACCGUCCUCAACUUGGCGAAGACUUCCAGGCAAACUCUUUAUUGAUGAACCCUGGUGACCUGAUCGAGGCCCGGGCUGGAUCCUCAAGGGUUCCGCUACUGGCCGUGUACAUCUGCCAGCGCGAAGGAGUGUACUACUUUUACUGUAGCGACGGCAGUCUCCACGCGCGCAUGAGGCCCAAAACGAAUUUUGUGGCUCCCGGGUUUGCCACCGAGGCUGAGCUGGCUCCCGUCAAGGGUCGACUGCCUCCAUUAGGAACGCCAGUAUCGGUGAUAAUGGAUCGGGUCAAGGGAGGUAACGAAGGACCAUCUCGCGAAGAUGGUCAGGCUCUGCUAAACAAGAUGGCCGAGUUUGUGCGGGAUGCCGAUCUUGUGUUGCAAGAAAACCACCGCAAGCUGGACGACCCAUAUCCCGUCCUUGCUAAGCAAGGUCUAGAAUACAUAACUGCCCACGAGGCCGCAGAGCACCUUCUGAGUGACAAAAACAGGAAUCCCGAUGGCAAAUUUCCUGAUCACGCUGUCUAUGCCGUUCAGCGGGCAAUAAAAAGUUGUGAGAUUGGGAUCCGUGUCUUUGAGAGCGCUGUUUUCGAUCUGAAGAGCUGCAUCCUCGAAGUCCUUCCACCCCAUGAGAUGGAAUGUAUCCAGGCCGUUGAGAACAUGGUCCGCGAGCUUUAUGCCAAUCCAGCGGCUCUACAGGAUGAUCCCGAGGGGCAGAGGCAAUUGAUGAGACACAAGAUUGGCAGUUUCAUAAUCAGGGCACGACAACAAAUUGAUCGGUAUCGCACCGAGCGCCAGUUUAAGGACGAAUGGCCUCUUAUAGGGCUAGAUCAACGCCAAGACCAGAAGGUUGAUCUGAAAGCAAAGCCUUGGCUCAAGCCUGAAGACCUGCGAAUAAUGAGAUUUUUGCACCUGUGGGCCGCAAAACAAGCUUUCACUAUUGAUUCCAGGGCAAACGUGUUUGGAUCCCAGAUUCUCCGGGCCACGGGCCGUUACAGCAACUCCGAAUUCUUAGGCAAGGCUGUUGGCUGGCAGUUCCUGCAAGAAGUUGGAUGGAUCCUGCCUUGGGAUGUGCAGUCACGGCAUACCAGACACGUACCCGGCACAAUCCCUGACAGAGCAGGUGGUCUCGUUAAUAACUUGGAACCGUUGCCUGUCGAGAUAUCCGCACACGAUCCCUACCCUGGCAGUCGCAAAGACUGGGGUGAUGUACCGGCUUUCGCAAUAGACGCUGCGGAAACAGAAGAUAUUGAUGAUGCUGUCUCUGUCGAACGUACUUCGACAGCUGAUCAAUAUUGGAUACAUGUUCACGUUGCAGACGUUGCCUCGGUUGUUCAGGCCAACAGUGCGCAUGCCCAAUAUGCAGAGAGGUUGAGCGAAACUCAUUACUACCCUGGCCACUUUGCACGCAUGUUUCCCGACUUGGGCAUACUACACAAUGUCUCGCUCGCCCCCGGUAGUCGGGCGCUUACCUUUAGUGGUCUAGUCAAUGAGCAAGGAGAACUCCUCGAAUGCAAGAUCACUCCUGGAAUUCUGCGAAACGUUGUCAACAUUGAGCCCGCAGAAGUCCAAAAGAUCUGCCCUCAACCGCCGCUACCCGGGAUGACGAAUCAAUCGGGUCUCACCCUCUGCGUUGGUGAGAGGUCCGGCUCGUUCUAUCAGUCCAUGGUCAAAAAGACAAAGUCUGCGGAUGAUCUCGCCACCCAUGAGGUUGAAGACUUGAAACUCCUAGGCCGUCUUACAACCAGUUAUGAGCUUCGGCGCAGUAAAAACUAUGCCAGUCCACAUCGGGGUGUUGGUAAGGAGAACAGAGUGAGCCCUGAGCUCUGGCCGGGAACCACACGAUUUCAACUAGCCCCAGAUGGGACCUUCCGUUCGUCCGGUGAUAUGGCCAUUGAGGUGGCCAUACGAUCUCCUGAUGUUGAUCGAGUUUCUGAUCUUGUCACGAAUUCCAUGAUCCUCGCCGGUGAAAUUGCCGGCCGCUGGUGUGAGGAUCGCGGCAUCCCUGUGCCGUAUCGCACCAUGCCUCAGGCGACGAUGAAUAUGGACGUUCUAUUACCUUGGGUCAAGAACUACUUGUAUCCUCUGUUUGAGGCCAACCAGCAGCCCACAAAAGAAGACGUUGCACUCAUCAAACAGCUCGCCGGCCCUGCCCUACUUUCCACCAAUCCCGGCCGGCACUUCUGGCUCGGCCUGAACCACUAUGUCAAGGUCACAUCACCGUUGCGUCGGUAUCUGGACGUUCUCGCUCACUUUCAGAUCCACGCAGCACUGGCCGAAGAGGCCCGCACGGGUAAAUCACUUCAGCCACCACCAGAGGGGGAGGACCACUCCUUCCUGCCAUUCACCCGCGCCGACCUCGCAGCCAAGCUGCCACUUCUCGCGGUGCGGGAGGCCAAGAUCCGCGCUCUAUCGACACAUGGCCCGUCUGGGCCGAAAGAAUACGUGUACCAGGCCCUCGCCCGCGCAUUUUAUUUUAACGAGGCGCCGCUGCCAUCCACGUUCGAGUUUCACAUUGUUGAGUCAUUGGCAACACGGCAUCUCCGUGGCAUGCUUCCAGGGUUGUGGAAUCUUUUGGCCGAUCUGCCUUACCGCAACUUGAACGGAGCAGUCAAGUUGUCUUCACAGCUGAUCCCGGGCGAUAUCCUUGAGGUCAAGCUGGCCCGGAUCAUGCCCCUUGGUAUACUAUUGGAGGUCGAGGCUGUGAGGGCGUUGAGGGUUGGCGGUGAGGAUGUAGUGGAGGAUUAUGGCAGUUCGGCUGCUGCUGGCGGCAAGGUCAUUGCUGAUGCGGAUGCGCAAGCUGUCGCUGGUGAAGCGUCUGUGUGA